AUGGAGUGGCCGCGGGUGGCGGACGCUGUGGCGGCGGGCGAGACGGAACGGACGGCGGUCGGCGGCGGGCGGAACGUUCGCGACGCGGUUCGCGGGUCGGGGGUGUCGGCGUCGCCGGGGGCCGUGCGCUGGAAGCUCCUGCGGCAGGUUUUAAAGCAGAAGCAGCUGGAUGACUGUCUUCGAUAUGUAUCUGUAAGAAGAUUUGAAUCAUUUAAUCUGUUCUCAGUAACAGAAGCCAAAACAGGAGAAACUGAAGAAGAGGCUGGUACUUGGAUCCAAUAUACAAGCAUCUUUUAUCCUGAAUACAGUAUCUCCUUAAGGCAUAAUAGUGGAUCCUUGAAUGUUGAAGAUGUUCUCACCAGCUUUGACAAUACAGGAAAUGUUUGCAUCUGGCCCUCUGAAGAGGUUUUGGCUCACUUCUGCCUCAAGCACAGUUCCAUGUUCAGGGACCUUGCUGUGUGUGAGCUAGGGGGUGGCAUGACAUGCUUGGCUGGACUCAUGGUUGCUAUUUCUGCAGAUGUCAAAGAAGUUCUGUUAACUGAUGGGAAUGAAAAGGCCAUCAGAAAUGUGUCCAACAUCAUCACAAGGAAUCAGAAGGCUGGCGUGUUUAAGACUCCAAAAAUAUCAAGCUGCGUUUUACGAUGGGAUAAUGAGACAGAUGUCUCUCAACUGGAAGGACAUUUUGACAUUGUUAUGUGUGCUGACUGCCUGUUUCUGGACCAGUACAGAGCCAGCCUUGUUGAUGCACUAAGGAGAUUACUCCGGCCCACGGGGAAAGCAAUGGUAUUUGCCCCACGCCGAGGGAAUACUUUAAGCCAGUUUUGCAAUCUAGCUGAAAAAGCUGGCUUCUCUAUCCAAAGACAUGAAAAUUAUGAUGAACACAUUUCAAACUUCCACUCCAAGUUGAAAAAAGAUAACCCGGACAUAUAUGAAGAGAACCUUCAUUACCCACAUCUGCUGAUUUUAACCAAAAACGGAUAGAAGAUGAAGAAAACUUCAGAUGUGCGGGGCAUAAUUUCACAUAAACAGAAAUCUGUAAUGUGUGUGAUAUACAGCAAGCUGCUGGUUUCCUGAGAUUUUUCUAGCUUCCAAGCCUUGGGGACCGCCCCCCACGUCUGUCUACUUGUCAACAUUCCAGGUUCCACCUGUCCUCACCCACAUGAUUUCUGAGCCACCCUUUCCAGCUCCUACAGUCUCUUCUGACAGUCCCCUCGUCGCUCUUCCUGUGCUGAACCUGUGUGAGUUUUGAAUUUGACUUGUGAGCAAAACCAAAUGUUUUUCCCAGGACAAUUUCUUUUGGUAAUUCUUACCUUGCUUUCUAUCUUUGUCUUCAUCCUUCCUUUUUUUUUUUUUUUUUU